AUGUCAAACUCGGCUUUGCAAGUAUACGGUGGUGAUGAGAUAACCGCAGUUAUCAUCGAUCCUGGUUCAUAUACUACCAAUAUUGGUUAUGCUGGAACUGAUUGCCCGCAGUCCAUUCUACCAUCCAGUUUCGGUGAAAUACAUGAAGCAGAAGAAAGUACUAGCGAGGACAACACAGAAAAAACAAGGAAAACCAGAAAAGUGUUUUCUGAACAGUCAAUUCCUAUCCCAAGACCUGACUAUGAAGUAAAGAGGGUUGUCGAGAAUGGGCAGGUAUGCGAUUGGGAUUCUGCCGUUGAACAGUGGUCUUGGGCAUUGAGAAAUGAACUUCACAUAGAAUCGAAUAGAGGAAUCCCUGCAAUGUUAACAGAACCACUAUGGAAUAGUAAGGAAAAUAGAUCAAAGUCUCUGGAAAUACUAUUAGAAGGGAUGGAAUUUGAAGCAUGCUAUUUGACUGCAACUUCUACCGCUGUGUCUUUCGCGACAGGACGGCCAAAUAGUUUGAUUGUAGAUAUUGGCCAUGAUAUCGCAUCUGUUACACCAGUAAUAGAUGGUAUGUCGCUUUCCAAAUCUACAAGAUGUAACCAUUUCGCUGGUAGAUUCCUCAACAAAUUACUGACUGAUUAUUUGAAACCCAGAGAGAUAAUACCUUUAUUUGAAGUUGAACAACGGAAACCAGAAUUCAAGAGGAGGAGCUUUUCAUAUUCGGUUGCAGAUUCGUUAUAUGAUUAUGCCAACUCUCGUGGUUUUUUCCAAGAGUGCAAGGAAACUAUAUUUCAAGUGGCUACAACACCUAUUGCACAAGAGAAAAACAAUCAAGCUACUUCCACUGGUAGAACAAUUGAAUCUCCUUGGAAUGAAGUUAUUGAAUUCGAAAGUAAUGACAGAUACCAAUUUGCAGAACAACUGAUAAAUCCCUUAAAAGAAUCUGUGCCAGAUGACUGGCCUGUCAAUGUUGCAGGUGUUGUAGAAACUUGGAGAAACGACUAUGUACCUAUGAAACGUAAUAAAGUAGGAAGUGGUAACAAUAAAGAAAAAGAAGGAACCAAAGAGUCAACACCCUUGGAUAGUAAUACUGCAACACCAUUGCCUGAAUCGUCAAGUACCACUAAUGAGAAUGGUAAAAGAACGGCGGAAGAUAUUAAAAGAGAAGAAUUACCUGGCAUAGUGGAUCUGAUAUCAUCUUCCAUAUCAUCAUGCGAUGUAGAUAUUAGAGCUUCACUAGCACACAAUCUUGUAAUAACGGGAGGUUCCUCAACUAUACCUGGACUAAGUGACAGAAUCCUAAAUGAACUUAACAUGAAAUUUCCAGCUUUAAAAUUUAGAGUUUUAGCCACGGGCCAAAGUAUAGAAAGACAAUAUCAAUCCUGGCUAGGUGGCAGCAUUUUAUCUAGUCUGGGCACCUUUCACCAAUUGUGGAUUGGGAAAAAAGAGUACGAAGAAGUCGGUUCAGAAAGAUUGCUUCAUGACAGACUUCGUUAA